CAGGCGGCGGCGGAGGAGGCUGUACGGCAGAGGGACGCCGCGGCGGCUGAGGCGGAGUCACGGGCCGCCGCCGCCGGCAGCUCCCAGCUGCUGCAGUCCCGCCUGGAGGCUGCCGUACAGGAGAUGGCGGGCAUGGCGCGGUUCUUGGGCAUGACGCAUGCCAGCUACGAUGCUGAGCUGGCGGCCGCGGAGGAGCGGGCGAGGGAGGAGCAGCGGCAAGCCAUGGUGGCUGAGCUGCAUGAGCGCCUGGCUGAGAGGGAGGCUGGAGUGGCGGAUCUGCGGGCUCAGCUCGCAGCGGCUCACGGAGAGCGGGAGGAGCUGAGGCGGGAAGCUGAGGAACUCCGCUACCAAGUCGCCAACGCUCAUUCCGCGGUGGCUGAGGCGGAGGCGCGCGCCGCAGCGCUGGAGCGGGAGCUGGCGGAGGCGGUGCAGCUGUUGGGGGGCCGCAGCAACCGAGUGGCUGCGUCGGUUAACGAGGCUGCGAAUGCGCGAGCGAGUGCGGCGGUGGCGCUGGCGGAGGUGGAGGAGCGGCUUCGGAGCACGCAUGCGGCGGAGGUGGAGGCGCUGGAAGCAAAGAUCUCCGACCUGCGCUCCCACCACGCCGCGGAGCUGGCCCUCCGUGACGCCGCUCGCGACUUGGAACGCACCACAGCUGCUGCCCGGCUGACGACAGAGGUGCAGCUGCUGCUAGGGCGGCAGCAAGCGGCGCUCGCGGGGGCGGAGGAGCGGACGCGGGAGGAGAUGGAGGAGCUGCGGAGGCAGCAGGAGGAGGCGUUGGUGGCUGCUAGGGAGGAGGCGGAAGAGCGGUUGCGGGCGGAGGUUGAGGAGGUGAAGAGGCGGCAGGAAGAAGAGUUGGCGGAGGUUAAGCGUGCCUCUGAUGCGCAGCUGAAGGAGCGGGAGGUGGCAUUGCAGCGAGCAUUGGGCUUUGUGGCGACACUGCAGGCGCAGCUUCAACAGCUGCGACGGCAGCAGCAGACCGCAGCCGCCAACGGCAGCCAAUAUGAUGCCGCCUCGGCACCAGCAGAAGCAGCAGCAGAAGCAGCAGCCGAGGCCUGGGAUGCUGGCAUGCUAGCUCCCAUCCAUGCGCCUACUCCAGGACUCCUGCUUGCGAACAAUGUGGUUCCCAGCCCAGGUCUAGCCAGCCUUGGGCGGCUUUUGGAUGCCUUCAGCAGUAGUGGUGGCAAUGGCAGCGAUGGCAGUGGCAGCGACGGCGGUGUGGAGAGGGGUGC